CGACGACCAGCUACAGACAGCAUCAGGGCUCCUCUCCUCAUACAUAGCAUCUACUGAGGAUGGCCGAUAUCUCCGCACAGACCAUCCCCUCGGCCUCCGUCCCCGUGCCGACGCAAGUCACAGCUCCACCUGCUUCUCUCUGGGACCGCAUCUCAACCUGGACAGCCGAUAACAAGGCCACUGUCUUUGCGAUAGCAGGCGGCCUUGUGAUUGUUGCAGGCGGGUCGUACUACCUCUACAGCAAGCGAGAUACACCACCACCGCCCUCCACACCCGCAUCCGAUUCACCCAUGCUAGAUGGCGAAUCUGCUGCAGAGAAGAAGGAGCGGAAGCGUAAAAAGACGCGCAAGGCUGCCUCUGGACCGUCAUCGAGCGCACCUACUACAGACAAGGAGAGCGAGUAUGUGAUUCCUGCACUCGAUGCAGCGAGUGCGAGUGGAGCGGAUAAGAAGAAGCAUGCGGAUCUCAUUAAAAAACACGGCAAUACGGCAUACGCCAAAAAGGAUUACAACGAGGCCAUUGCGCUCUACAGUAAAGCAAUUGAGGUGGUGGCGGACCCCGUGUAUUACUCAAACCGCAGUGCGUGUCACGCAGCACUCAAGGAUGAAGAAGCAGUGAUUCGUGACACAACCGAGGCCUUGCGUUUGGAUCCGUCGUAUGUCAAGGCGCUCAAUCGGCGUGCACAGGCAUACGAGCACGCAGAGCGGUACCAGGAAGCGCUACUGGAUUACACUGCAGCCAGCAUUAUGGACAAUUUCGCCAAUCCUGCUGCUGGACAGGCUAUUGAAAGGCUGUUGCGCAAUGUGGCAGAGGCAAAGGCGAAAGAUAUGCUUUCAUCGCGAACAGAUCGUAUGCCCUCUGUCAGUUUCAUUUCUGCCUACCUCGAUGCAUUCAGGCCCAAGGAAAUGCCGACUUUCGGAAGCGAGGAUGAAGCACAAGGCGAUGUGCACUUGAAGCGUGCCAUGGAAGCGACGACUGCGCGAGACUACAAGGCAGCUGUGGCGCAUCUGGAAAAAGCUCACGGCAAGCCCUUCUCUACACCUGAACUGGAAGCACUAGCGUUGAAUGCGAGUGCUACAUACAAAUUUGUCCGUGCAGAUGUCGAGUCAGCCAUGCGGGAUGUCAACCGGUCACUUGAGCUACAACCGACCUUGACAAACUCACUCGUGAAGCGCGCGAGCAUGCACAUGGAGAUGGGAGACCGUAACAGGACCUUGGCAGACUUUGACAAGGCCAUCGACAUCAACCCGGAAGACCCCGAUAUUUACUACCACCGCGGACAGUGCAAUUUCAUUCUGCAAGACUAUGCCACUGCAGCAAAGGAUUAUCAAAAGUCUAUUGACCUGGACCCUGACUUUGUCUUUUCACAUGUACAACUCGGUGUGUCGCAGUACAAGCUCGGUUCUAUCCCAUCGAGUAUGUCGACCUUCAGACGCUCUCUUGUGAAAUUCCCCGAAAGCGCAGAAGUCUACAACUACUUUGGCGAGCUACUGCUUGACCAAGGCAAAUUCGAGGAAGCCGUUGACAAGUUUGACACGGCCAUUUCUUUGGAGCGUGCUCAAAACUCACGGGCAGCACCCAACGUCAUGCCUCUCAUCAACAAAGCGUUGUGCAUGUAUCAAUGGAAGAAGGAUAUUUUCCAAGCUGAGGAACUCUGUCGCAAGGCACUCAUGCUUGACCCUGAAUCUGACGUGGCUCUUGCAACACUCUCGCAAUUCUUGUUGACGCAAGGGAAGGCAAAAGAGGCAUUGCAGUACUUUGAACGGUCUGCACAGGUCGCACGGACAGAGGCGGAAAUUAUCAAUGCGUUGAGUUAUGCAGAGGCAACACGGACGCAGUUGGAGGUGGAACGCAAGUAUCCUGAUUUAGCGGCCAAGAUGGCUGCCAUGGCAGGUCCUCGGGCGUAGUGAGAUGGUAGCUAGCGGGUAUAUCGUUCGAAACAGGCAUCAUAAAAACUCCUCUCUUGCUUUCCCC